AUGAUUCGUGCGCCGCGACUGCUCGGUAGUGUCGUUCGUCGCGACACUGCGCGCAGCAUCGCAACAAGCCAUGCUUCCAGCUACGUAAAGGAUCUGCACACAGAUCCAUCGCACGAGCCGCCUACACUUGAAGCUGUCGAUUUAUUAGCGCCGGCACAUGCAGCAGCACGCAAACGUGCAGAAGAUCCGUCCAUAUGGCCCACAACAUUCCGCAGUCUUAGCGACGCAUUCACACGCCCACAGCUAUACCAACUUGCAAAGCAAGCAGGUCUGCGCGACGUGCGCAGUGCGUCGGCCAAGCCAGCGCUCGUCCGAGCAUUUCUGGAGCAGCGAUUCCAACUGCGCGAUCCGAAUGCUGCGAUGCAGGACGAGGCCACAUUUCUUCCGCUAAAUCUCGCCGAGGUUUUUCUCAUUGCACGCCAUAGUCCUGCGUUUAUUCAAGCGGCCAAGCAUGCAGACGCGAACGCCACGGUCGAGAAGCGCGACGAGCGCUUUGGCGUGUCCAUUACUGGGACACGGGACGCAACGGCGCGAAUGCAAGCAUGGCUCAAUGACUUCUGUGCGCAGAUCCGUAUCGUGCAUGUCCCUCUGGCAUGCCCUGUACCUGCGGACCUGAUCAGCAGCAUGUCACGGCGCUCGGGGUGCCAUAUGCACGCUGAAGACUUGACCGCAGUGCUGACAUUUACCGACGCACAUACGGCGCACACGGCACAAAUUCUCUUGGAGCAGUACGCUGCUGGACAAAAAGUGCACACGCUUUGGUCCAAUGCACAGCACGAUGCAGACGUCACUGCCCUGCCAUUUAGUGUGAGUACCGCGCAUACACUUGCGGAAGAAUACAUGCUACAUACAGACCCCUAUAUUCGCUGGAUGGACGGCACCAGCGUGGAUGCGCCGCACGCCCUGACUGCAGGCGACGCAACAAUCGCAGCUUUGGACGCUGCUGCGGCGUCUCUCCAAGCAGUGAUCCCGCCGGUAUUUGUGGACGGAGAAUGGCAGCACCAGCUACGUGCACACUUUGGCCACCUUGUCUAUCCAUGCACAAACCAAGCACCGAAACUCGAGCCCGGCACAGUAUGCAGCGCGAAUGCCAUCGUACAGUGGCCCAACCCGCUAUUUCUGGCGUCCGACCCGCCGAGCUGCAUUGCGGACGCGCCACAGUUUGGCACCGACUUUUGGCAGGCCGAGCAAACCGUGCGGGAAAUAACGCGGCUGCGGUACCGCAGCCAGACAUUGCAAGGCACCGCAAACCUCCUCCUCACCUGGUCUGCCGACGAACUGGACGUGCAUUGGGAGGUCGCAGAAAAUGCGUAUGUAUCGCAGCCUGCAGCUUCCAUCGAUGCGUGUAUCGCCGCGGUGCGCACUGUGCCUGUACAAAAAGAGCGCCUGCACGACACGGCUCUGGCACCGUACAUGGAAAAGCGCGAGCGCAGCUUUUUGUCCGAAUCGCGCGGUCUGGCAGUCGAUCAGCCAGAUCCACCGCUUACAAUCGAGAUGCGCGGCACAGCGAAGGAUCUGGCGCAGCUUGCGCUGUACGCAACCGAGCGCAUUGUCCAGAUUGUGACGCCCUAUACGGAUGCGAAAGGCACGGUGCAAUUUUUCCUGCUCCAGGAAAAUAUCCAGCGCGAUGCUAUGCCGCUAUUUUCGCGCAGCGCAUCCAUCCAAUGGGUCCAGUGGCCCUCCGAGCACCACUACCGGGCGCUGCUCAAGCAACUUUCCCACAGCCAGUACCCCGCAUUGGGCCGCGCUUCAUAG